AUGGCGACGGCGACGGCAACACUCUCCACAGUGCACCUCACGUCAAUAUCUCCAGCAAUCAUCCGGGUUCCAACAAUCUCUCAAAGCUCAGUCGAAAAGAUCACGUCCCUGCUCCAGCGGAACCAUGAAAACCACUACAUCACCUUGAUGAAAUUGGCCAACACAAGCAAAUCGUCCACCAUCAUCUCGCCUCCUUCUGUCUUGGCGCCGACGCAGAAACCCUACAGAACCAGUACGACGAAUGCAGAGUACCAACGACUGCCACCCCCUGUGGAUGAGGACACGGUCUCUCGGCUCCGGGAGGCAGAAGAUUUCAAAGCACGAGCGGGAAACCCCAACAACUUCACCAACUUCCUUACUUUGUUCAGCCGCCGACUUUCAAACCUCGUCAGUGCCCGCCACCCUGAACGAAUACGUCUUCUCGCCUGA